AUGAGACUUUCUUCCUCUCCUACUGGGUUUAAUCAGCAGACUCAAGAAGGGGAUAAAAAAUGUUUGAAUUCUGAACUAUGGCAUGCAUGCGCGGGGCCUCUUGUGUCUCUGCCUCAUGUUGGAAGCCGAGUUGUGUACUUUCCACAGGGUCAUAGUGAACAGGUUGCUGCUUCAACCAACAAGGAAGUUGAUGCUCACAUCCCUAAUUACCCAAGCUUACCUCCACAACUGAUCUGCCAGCUUCACAAUGUGACUAUGCAUGCUGAUGUUGAAACAGACGAAGUUUAUGCUCAAAUGACCUUGCAGCCAUUAAGUCCGGAAGAUCAAAAAGAUGCUUAUCUAUUGCCAGCAGAGUUAGGUACUGCCAGCAAACAGCCGACUAACUAUUUCUGUAAAACAUUGACUGCAAGUGAUACUAGCACUCAUGGAGGAUUUUCUGUUCCUCGACGGGCAGCUGAAAAAGUCUUUCCUCCUCUUGAUUACUCCCAGACACCUCCAGCUCAAGAACUAAUUGCAAGAGAUCUUCAUGAUAAUGAGUGGAAAUUCAGACAUAUAUUUCGGGGACAACCCAAGAGGCAUCUUCUUACAACAGGAUGGAGUGUGUUUGUUAGUGCAAAGAGGCUUGUUGCUGGUGAUUCUGUCCUUUUCAUUUGGAAUGAGAAGAACCAAUUACUCUUGGGUAUUCGGCGAGCAAAUCGUCCACAAACUGUCAUGCCUUCGUCAGUUUUAUCAAGUGAUAGCAUGCACAUUGGUCUUCUUGCUGCUGCAGCUCAUGCAGCGGCCACUAAUAGCCGUUUUACAAUAUUUUAUAACCCCAGGGCUAGUCCUUCAGAAUUUGUCAUUCCCCUGGUCAAGUAUAUUAAAGCAGUAUAUCAUACACGGGUUUCUGUGGGCAUGAGAUUUAGGAUGCUAUUUGAGACAGAAGAGUCAAGCGUCCGCAGGUACAUGGGUACUAUAACUGGCAUUAGUGAUUUAGAUCCUGUUCGCUGGCCAAAUUCACAUUGGCGCUCUGUUAAGGUUGGGUGGGAUGAAUCCACUGCAGGGGAGAGGCAACCAAGAGUAUCUUUGUGGGAGAUUGAGCCGUUAACAACAUUCCCAAUGUACCCAUCUGCCUUCCCUCUGAGACUGAAAAGGCCAUGGCCAUCUGGGCUACCGUCUUACCAUGGUCUGAAAGAUGGUGAUUUGAACGUUAAUUCACCAUUGAUGUGGCUUCAAGGAGGGGUUGGAGAUCUGGGAGUUCAAUCUUUGAACUUCCAGAGCUAUGGUGUUGCUCCUUGGAUCCAGCCAAGGUUUGAUGCUUCUAUGCCAGCUCUACAACCUGAGGUGUACCAAACAAUGGCAGCUGCUGCACUGCAGGAAAUGCGAACAGUGGAAUCUUCCAAACCAGCUUCUCAAUCUCUUUUGCAGUUCCAGCAAUCUCAAAAUGUAUCCAAUGGGCCUGCUGCUUUGAUUCAGAGGCAGAUGUUGCAGCAGUCAAAUCUUAAAAAUGCAUUUCUUCAGAACUUUCAAGAAAACCAGGCUUCAACACAGGCCCAGCUUCUACAACAACAGUUGCAGCAUCGCAAUCAGUAUGCUGAUCAGCAGCAGCAACGGCAUCAGCCCCAGCAGCAGCAAGUUCAGCAGCCCAAACAACUGAAUGAAUUGUCUGCUCAGCAGCAGAUCCCAAAUGUAAUUUCAGCUCUGCCUUGUCUUACUUCAGUCGCCCCAUCCCAGUCUCCAUCUUUGCAGCCGAUUCCUUCCCAGUGCCAGCAGCAGGCCUUUUCAGAACCACUGAGGAACCCAAUUGCUGCAUCUGAUGUUUCUUCAAUGCACAGUGUCAUUGGUUCAUUAUCCAAUGAUGGAGGACCCCACUUGCUUAACUCUAAUGUAUCCAACCCUCUCGUCUCAUCUGCUUUAUUACCAAAGCAAGCAGCAAUUGAUCCUCAGCUUUCUUCUGGAGCUGCUCAUUGUGUGCUACCCCAGUUGGAACACUUGGGAACUGCACAAUCAAGUGUGUCUGAUCUUGCUACCUUGUUAGCCCCUUUCUCUGGAAGAGAGUAUUCAGCCUAUCAAGGUGCUAAUGAUCCACAAAACAAUCUGCUGUUUGGAGUCAACAUUGAUUCUUCAACGUUCAUGCUUCAGCAUGGGAUACCAAACCUGAGAAAUAUUGGCACUGAAAAUGAUCCGUUGUCUGUGCCAUUUGCUGCUUCAACUUUUACAAGUGCUACUGGAAGUGAAAUUCCACUUAAUUCAGACAUGACAGCUUCAAGUUGUGUCGAUGAAUCAGGUUUCUUACAAUCCUCUGAAAAUGUGGAUCAAGUUAACCCAUCAACAAGAACCUUUGUGAAGGUUCACAAGUCAGGGUCCUACGGGCGAUCAUUAGAUAUUUCCAAGUUCAGCAGUUAUGAUGAACUGCGGAGUGAGCUUGCUCACUUAUUUAGCCUAGAAGGCCAAUUAGAGGACCCACAGAGAUCAGGCUGGCAGCUUGUAUUUGUUGACCGGGAGAAUGAUGUGCUUCUCCUUGGUGAUGAUCCUUGGCAGGAAUUUGUGAACAACGUCUGGUAUAUCAAGAUCCUAUCUCCGCUUGAAGUGCAACAAAUGGGUAAAGAAGGCCUCAGUCCUGUAUCUUGCAUUCCAAGCCAGAAGCUUUCUAAUAGCAACAGCGAUGGCUACAGCACCGAGCUAGUAGUGCUGGCAGAGAUAACCAUGGGCGAAGAAUCAGAGUAUCGACCAUUGUUACUAGGACUUGACUCCCAUUCACGUCUCCCAGAUUUGUCAUCUGCUGCAAUGGAAGAAUUUUUGGAGCACAGGCCUGUGCCUGUCCGAUGGUGGCCGCGUCUCGUUGCAUGGGAAUCAAGGCUCCUUUGGCUCCUAUCUGGCUCAUCUAUAAUUGUUUCCGUGGCCACUUUCAUGCUUAGUUUCGUGACCCAAAUGUUCUCAGGGCAUUUGGGUGCAUUAGAGCUUGCCGGGGCAUCUAUAGCCAAUGUCGGAAUUCAGGGUCUUGCUUAUGGUAUAAUGGUAUGUCUAUAUAAUAUUGUUCCGGAAACCUGGACUGGCUUAUCUAUCAGUGCUUUCACAGGAAUAUGGCCCUAUUUCAAGCUUACAAUCUCCUCAGCUAUCAUGCUUUGUUUGGAGAUAUGGUACAGCCAAGGACUGGUACUUAUAUCAGGACUCCUCACUGAUCCAACGAUAUCACUGGACUCCAUUUCAAUUUGCAUGAACUACUUGAACUGGGACAUGCAAUUUAUGCUGGGCCUAAGCGCAGCUACCAGCGUUCGAGUAGGUAAUGAGCUAGGGGCUGGUAAUCCCAAAGUAGCGAAAUUCUCGGUGCUAGUAGUGAAUGCCACUAGCAUCAUAAUUAGUAUAAUUUUCAGUGCAAUCGUUCUGAUUUUCCGAGUUGCAUUAAGCAAACUCUUUACGAGUGACUCUGAGGUCAUAGAGGCAGUUUCUGCGUUGACUCCCCUGCUUGCCAUCUCUGUUUUCUUAAAUGGCAUUCAGCCUAUAUUGUCAG